UAUUAUAUUAUAUUAAUUCUGUGGUGGAAAUGGGUUUCCGUAGCAAAACAGCUUGUCACAAUAAUAAACAAACUGCCUGUUUCUUUCACUAUCGCUGUAAUAUGUUUUUAAACGUGGAUGUGAACCAACGUUUCUUAAAUUUACUAAAUAAAUACAUAUAAUUAUUGACUCUCACUGUUAUUACUCACUUACAUACGUGAAAUUCCUCCAUAUUUUUUUUUAACUUUGAGGAAGUGUUCAAACGUAUUUCUCAGGGUUUUUCCUGUAUUAUAUUCCCACAAAGCGAUUUUAUCUCAUUAGACAUUAUUCAGUAUUAACCGCACUUUUCUGCACAGAAAUAGAAUAGUUUGUUUCAUCUAAUUUUAUGUGUGAAUAUUUAAAUAAAUAUGUUUAUAUCUUCGUAUUGAUUAAAUUAAAUAUGUUUAUCUGAUAUAACAUGCAUCUUUUGUCCGCAUUUUUGUCUUGUUCCUUCAAGUCCUGCAUGAAACGUUAUCAGUGCGCAUGCGCAUCAACGUCACCUCCACCCGGAAGUGCGCCUGAGAGCGGCAGAGAUGGAGGGAGUUUGAAAUGAUUUUAAUUUCUCUCAAAAUAGAGAUUUUCUGAAUUGAUUUUCGUAUAUGUUGCUGUAACGCGAUGUUUUUAUUCCGCGCAAGAGCUGAAGUCAUAUUUUGAAAAUAACGAUUGAUUGGAUCGGAUCGAUGAUGUCAGCAGAACCUCACAUCCGUGUGGCUCCUGAACCUCUGCGGGUCGAUCCGGUCCGGACCACGGAACUGGUCUGCCCCGAUCUAGACCUGUCCGUCACUCUCACCCCUGAGCGACCAGCGGAGCGACGCCGCCGACAGGUGCGUUUUAAUGUGAGUCCACAGCGCAGCGGCCGUUCGGAGCGGGAUCCCUCCAUCAUCACGGUGAUCCCAGAACCCAGAAAUCCUCAGUCAACAGCCCGCAAACCUCAAAACAAAGACAAACGUCAAGAAUCAGAUGAAGGGAGGAUCCGGGUGACGAGCGGAGAGCUGACGGAUGGGGCGGAGCUAAACACCACCCUGGCGCUGAGGGCGGAGCUUCAAGAGGUGGAGAAUCAGGUGUUUGAUCGUGAGAAAGCCGUGAAAGAGAAACUGCAGAGUUCAAGCCUCACAAAGAACCACAUCAGCAGCAAAGCAGCAGAGGGCCUGAAUUUCCCGCGCUCUCAGCACCUGUACCGGGCCUUAGUCAGCGUCAGCCUAUCACGCGAUCAGCUCAUCAGCCAGGCGCUACAGGAUAGGCCAGCGCUGACCCCGCCCACCGCCGGCCAGACCAAUAAGUUCCCGUCUCAGCCACUAGAGGCUCCUGAUCUGCUGCCGUUCUACAGUCCUGACAAGCUACUCAGAGAGACCCCUCUGUUGCCAGGCGACAGCAUCCCUCUGCCCCGCCCACGGCCUGUACCUAGACCCGCCCACACAACCUUUCACCUACAUCAUCGGCACAAACUCUGGGAGUCAUGAACUCUGUGUGAGAGAGAGAGAGUGUGUGUGUGUGUGUGUGUGUGUGAUUCAUAUUGUAAGCUUUACUGUAUAAUAAUGUGUUUUUUUUAGCCUAACAUGAAUUAAUAUAAUAGCAAUAAAUUUGGGAUUAUUUAAAUGUUAAA